GCGGGCACAGGAAGGAGGGCGGUCCGAGUCCCCCACCCCGGAAAGUCCCGCGCAGCGCCAUCGGCUGGACAGUCCCAGGCUUCCCACUUCUCGCUCGGGCGCCGGCUGUGGAAUGGACGGGAGUACACAGGUGCCUUAGGAUCUCCCAAUGGGGCGGCUCGGCUCUGGGCUCACGUUCCCCGUGAGCUGCCUGGUCCUGGCGUGGGCGGCAGGCUCCGGGAGUGUGCAGGUUCUGCAUCGGCCCACCUGCUUCUCCGACUACAUCAGCACCUUCACCUGCGAGUGGAGGGUGGACAGCCCCACCAACUGCAGCGCUGAGCUCCGCCUCACCCACCAGCUGGAUUUUCUGAUCUCUGAAAACCACACGUGCGUCCCCGAGAACAGAGAAAGCACAGUGUGCCUGUGCGAUGUGCUGAUGGACGACGUGGUCAGUGAGGACACCUAUCAGCUGGGCCUGUGGGCUGGGAAGCAGCUGCUCUGGAAUGGCUCCUUCCAGCCCAGCAAGCAUGUGAAGCCCAGGGCCCCCGUGAACCUCACAGUCGACGCCGACGACGACUCCCACUCGUGGUGGCUGCGCUGGGGCAACCCGUACCCUCCUAAGAGUUACCUGGACACCGAGCUCUCCUACCAGGUCAGCGUUUCAGAUGAAGACGACCCAGCGUCGUGCACAGUCCAUGAUGUGACCUACAGGGAGCCCACCCUCCGCCUCCCAGCCAGCACCCUAAAGCCUGGGGCUUCCUACCGUGCGAGGGUGAGGGCCUGGGCUCAGAGCUACAACAGCACGUGGAGUGAGUGGAGCCCUGGCGUCACGUGGCUUAACCACUACUCAGGGUCCUGGGAGCAGCACCUCCAGCUUGGCGUUGCCGUCGCCUGCAUGGUCAUUCUGGUCGUCUGCGUGUCCUGCUAUUGCAGCAUCAUCAAGAUUAAGGAGUGGUGGGACCAAAUCCCCAGCCCAGCCCUCAGCCCCCUCGUGACCGCUGGCAUCCAGGAGCCUCAGGUGUCACUGUGGGGGAAGAGGCCCGGAGGCCAGGAACCAGCCAAGCGUCCGCACUGGAAGACUUGCCUUACUAAGCUCCUGCCCUGUUUGCUAGACCACGACAUGGAAAGGGGUGACAGCUCCUCCAAGGCUGCCAGAAAGGGGCCUUCCCAGGGGCCUGGGAAGUCACCGUGGUGUCCUGGGGCGGUCAGCACGAGGAUCCUCUCGCCAGAGAGCGUCAGCGUGGUGAAGUGCGUGGAGCUGCUAGAGGCCCAGGUGGAGAGUGAGGAGGAGGAGGAAGUGGAGCAGGAAAAAGGGAGCUUCUGCCCGUCCCCUGAGAGCGGCGGGGGCAGCUUCCAGGAUAGCAGGGAGGGCAUCGCGGCCCGGCUGACAGAGAGCCUGUUCCUGGACCUUCUCGGGGCUGAGAAUGGGGGCUUUUGCCCGCAGGGCUUGGGGGAGUCCUGCCUUAGUGCACCUUCAGAAGGUGGGAGUGCUCAGAUGCCUGGGGCUGAGUCACCAAGGGAGGAGCCUUUCAGCCCGGAGUCGGCCCCUCUGACGCAGAGCCCGGCCUGCCUGGCUUUCCCAGAGAUGCCUGCUGUCGUCGUCGCCGACAACCCCUUUUACCGCAGCUUCAGCGACUUCCUGAGCCAGUCCUCAGAUGCAGGAGAGCUUGCCUCAGACGCCCAGCUGUCGGAACACCUUGGGGGAGGGGACCCCAACAUCCUCUCUGCUCCCCAGCCCUCUGAGCCACCCGCUGCACUCCAGCCUGAGCCAGAAACCUGGGAGCAGGUGCUCCGCCGGAGCGUCCUGCAGCACAGGGCAGCCGCAGCCCCCGCCGUGGCCGCCCCCAGCGGCUAUCGGGAGUUUGUGUGCGCGGUGAAGCAGGGCAGCACCCUGGGCAGUGGGUCGUCAGGCUGCGGCCCUUCUGGAGCAGCCGGGUACAAGGCCUUCUCCAGCCUGCUCGCCAGUGGUGCCACCUGCCCAGGCACACCUGGGGUUGAGGCCAGCAGCGGGGAGGGGUGCUACAGGCCCUGCCAGAGCCUCACUGCUGGCCCCCCUGGGGCUCCUGCCCCUGAGCCCCUGUUCACCUUUGGACUGGACAUGGAGCCACCUCACAGCUCUCAGGACUCACUCCUCCCAAGCAGCUGCCCCAAGGGCCCCUGUGUGGAGCCAGUGGCAAAGGGGGAGGACCACCAGAAGCCCCUGCUCUCCCUGGAGCUGACUACAGACCCCCUGGGGGAUGACCUGGGCAGUAGCAUUGUCUACUCAGCCCUCACCUGCCACCUGUGUGGCCACCUGAAGCGGCGUGACAGCCAGGAGGAACACGGCCAGGCCCAGGCUGUGUCCAGCCCCUGCUGUGGCUGCCGUUGUGGAGACAGGUCCGAGCCCCCAGUGAGCCCUCUGAGGGACCCAGACCCCCUGCCAGGUGGGGUUCCCCUGGAGGGCAAGUCCUCCCUGUUCUUCCAGCCUGGCCCCGGCAAGGCUCAGAGCCCGAGCCAGAGCCCCCAAGUGGUGGUCGUGCCCCCUGCAGGGCCCACGUGCACGAGUGCAUCCUAGGCGCGGCCCCCUGGUUGCUGUGAGCGCCUUGCCUGUGCCUGCGGACGCCUCCCCGCAAGGCAGCCCUGCUGGCAGGUUGCCGAGACUCGGAGGAGCCGUUGCCACCUCUUCGGUCCACAGCUUCUCCCGUGUACUGUCCCCAUCGUGCCCGCCCGAAGCAUAUUUUGUCCAUCUAGGCCCUCGCUCCCCGUGUCUUGCCCAGUCCUGGGACCAGCUGCUGCCAUGUCACUGGCUUGGACACUGAGCCUAGAAAGUAACCCGGCCAGCAGGGGAGGCCUUGGGAGGCCUGGGAAAGAGGUGGGAAAGGGAGGCCCUGGGAGGGUGGUUAUUUGCCCAGAGGUGCCCAUUCAUUCAACAGAGCUUCACUAGGUUGAUGCUGGAGGCAGGAUCUGGGCCGUGGGGGCUGCUUAGUCAAGGGGGGUAACAGGCCCACAAAAGAGGGUGAUUACCAAGUGGUGAGUUUGCUGUCAGCCCUGCACAGCUGUAAGGCUGGGGGCUCCUGUUAAGUGUGGGGUCCCCAGAAUAAACACACCCAGCUCCCUUGGGGCCAGUGUGUACCCCCAUGGAUACCAUUGCUGGCAGCCACGAGGCCAGAGGGAGAGCCUCAUGCCUGUGACCCAGCUGAGCUGGGCAUUCUGGGCGCCGACACUGGGCACGUUCAGCCUGCACGUUGGCCCAGACCUGGGCUUCAGUGGCACUUGUGUGUGCGCAUCUCAGAGCUUGUUGAAACCCGGGUUUGUAUUCGCUGAGGAGGGUGGGGUGGGAGGGGCGGAGUUUUCUGUAAAUAAAGGUUCUGUGUCUCUCGUCACUAGUGAAGCAAGCACACUGCCAGGCGCCGUGGUGAGUGCAUUGUCUCUACUGACUCACGGAACCUUCCCAUCCAGAGAGCCGGGCCCAAGAGGUUAAAUAACUUGCUCUCUCUGCUUGGGUGUCCCCAAGACAGGGGUUCAAGUGCAGUUAGUUGAUUUAGGAGGUGCUCCCAGGAAACUGCCUGGGGAGUGGGGCAGGAGGCAGAGAAGGGCAGGAGGCACUAAAGGGUGUUAUCCGACAGUGUUGGUGUGGGCAGCCGCCGCUCCGUCCUGCCGGCCGCUUUGGAAAGCUGCGCACAGCACACGCCUGCAGUGUCCCUGCCAAGGGUGGGAGGCUGGGGUGUUUGUCCACCCACUCCCAUCACCGUCGGAUGGCCACUUUCAGGGCCACCAGCAACAGCUGCUGCUCUGCUUUGCCGAGGUCACACAGCUGGUUGGUGGCGGCCCAUAGCUGAGCCCAGGCAGUGUCUCACCCAGGCACUGUAGCUGAUCUGUUCUGGACAUCCAGGUAGGUGGGAUGGUGGAGUGGGCUUCAGAGGCAGGCAGGGAGCUUAACCUCCUAUAUGAUCAUUCUGUGUCCCCAAGUAGCUGCUUUGUCACCUUUGCAAGGUGAAGGGCUUGGCCAUUUGAGGUUCCUUCCUGCUCUGGCAUUCUGCACAAUGCACUAGCGGUGACGGGGAGCUCACUACCUUACAUGCAGCCUGAUGUUUGUUAAAAAUGUCUGCACUGUGCUGAGCCCAAAGCUAACCCUUUAG